AUGAAGACGGAUUUCAAGUUUUCUAAUCUUCUGGGGACCGUCUAUCGUAGAGGAAACCUCGUCUUCACCCCGGACGGACACUGCUUGCUCUCCCCUGUUGGCAAUAGAGUGACGGUUUUCGACCUUGUGCACAAUAAAUCAUAUACUCUCCCAUUUGCACACCGUACAAAUAUCGCCCGUAUAGCUCUCUCUCCCCGGGGCAACCUCCUCCUCUCCGUUGAUGAACAUGGAAAAGCUAUCUUGACCAAUUUUCUGCGCCGAAUCACUAUCCACCACUUCUCCUUUAAAUCUACAGUUUCCGCUCUUGCUUUUUCCUCCUCCGGACGCCAUUUUGCUGCUGGAGUUGGACGACGAAUUCAAGUGUGGAAAACCCCCUCCACACCUAGCGCAGACGGCAAUGGUGAAUUAGAGUUUGCGCCCUUUGUUCUACACAGAGAGUAUGCUGGACAUUUCGAUGUGGUGCAGAACAUUCAUUGGUCGAGUGAUUCCAGGUUCUUUCUCAGUGCUUCGAAAGAUUUAACUGCGAGGAUAUGGAGUUUAGAUCCAGAAGAAGGGUUCGAGCCGACAACUCUUGCGGGACAUCGUGAAGGGGUGCUUAAUGCCUGGUUUACAGAGGAUCAGGAAUCGAUAUACACCGUGAGUAGGGAUGGUGCUCUUUUUCGAUGGCAAUAUGGAGGGAAGUCCAGCGAUCCAGAAGAAAUGGUAGAUAGCUCCGAAAUGCGUUGGAGAAUAACGAAGAAGAACUUCUUCAUGCAAAGCAAUGCAAAGGUGAAAUGUGCAGCAUACCAUGCACGUUCCAACCUCCUGGUCGCCGGCUUCUCCAAUGGGCUCUUUGGACUUUAUGAGCUACCAGAGUUUAACCAAAUACAUAUGCUUAGUGUCUCGCAAAGCAAUAUCGAUUUUGUGACGAUGAACAACUCUGGGGAGUGGAUCGCAUUUGGGUCUCCGAAACUAGGCCAGCUGUUGGUGUGGGAAUGGCAAUCCGAGUCAUAUAUUCUGAAACAGCAAGGCCAUUUAGACUCGAUAAACUCUCUUGUGUAUUCCCCAGAUGGGCAGAAGAUCAUAACUGCCGCAGAUGACGGGAAAAUCAAAGUGUGGGAUAUAAAUUCCGGAUUCUGUAUCGUCACAUUUACGGAGCACACUAGUGGCGUUACUGCCUGUCAGUUCUCGAAAAGAGGAAACGUUCUAUUUACCGCGUCGUUGGAUGGCUCAAUCAGAGCUUGGGAUCUUAUUCGAUAUCGUAAUUUCAGAACAUUCACUGCCCCGUCGAGAUUAUCAUUCUCUUGUUUGGCAGUAGAUCCCAGUGGUGAAGUAGUAUGCGCUGGCUCUUUGGACUCAUUUGACGUUCACAUUUGGUCUGUUCAGACGGGCCAGCUUUUAGAUCAGCUCUCUGGCCACCAGGGACCUGUAUCAUCACUAUCAUUUGCUUCAGAUGGAAGCCAUCUAGUGAGCGGUAGUUGGGAUCACACGGUCCGUGUAUGGAGCAUAUUUGGCCGUAGCCAAACCAGUGAACCGCUGGAAUUACAGGCUGAUCUUCUUAGCGUUGCCUUCCGUCCGGAUGGGAAACAAAUUGCUGCAUCUACUCUCGAUGGUCAAUUGACAUUCUGGUCAGUUGAUGACGCUGUUCAAGUGGGUGGAAUAGAUGGUCGACGAGACGUAUCGGGAGGUCGUAAAAUAUCAGACCGCCGCACAGCAGCGAACGCCGCUGGCACCAAGUCAUUUAACACUAUAACUUACUCAGCAGAUGGAAGUUGUUUGCUCGCCGCAGGAAAUAGCAAAUACAUCUGCCUCUACGACGUCAGCACCGGCUCACUCUGCAAAAAAUUCACCGUCUCCGUGAACACCUCUCUCGACGGCACACAGGAGUUCCUCAACAGCAAGGACAUGACUGAAGCUGGCCCGCGUGGUCUCGUAGAUGAGACGGGUGAAGCGUCAGAUCUAGAAGAUCGCAUUGACAAACGUCUACCCGGAGCCCGUCGCGGAGGUGAUGCAGGUGCACGCACCACCCGCCCCGAAGUUCGAGUUACAUCCGUUGCAUUCUCUCCAACAGGACAGUCCUUCUGUGCCUCGUCAACAGAAGGUCUGCUAGUCUACAGCCUGGACACAACCUUCAUCUUCGAUCCCUUCGACCUCGAUCUCUCCAUCACACCCGACAGCAUCCUCGAAACCCUCGCUGAAGCCAAGGCAACCUCUACCUCCACAUCUUCCACCUCCCUGACAACAACAACAACAACCACAUCCAACCCGAUGCAGACUUCCCAAACAUCCACAUCCUUCCUAAAACCCCUCAUCAUGGCCUUCCGCCUCAACGAAGCCCCCCUAAUCCGCAAAGUCUACGAAUCCAUCCCACCCUCUGACAUCCGCCUUAUAACCGCCUCAAUACCCACCAUCUACCUCCCCCGCAUGCUCCGCUUCGUCGCCAGCUGGGCAGACGAGACACCACAUCUGGAAUUUAACCUGCGUUGGAUCGAGGCGCUGCUAAGUAUCCACGGUCGCUAUUUCAAGGAACAUGGAGGCGAGUUGGCGACGGAGUUGCGCGCCGUCAGCCGGGUGGUUGAUGGGAUUCGCGAUGAAAUUAAGCGGCUUGUCGAGGGGAAUGGGUAUGCGUUGGAGUAUUUGCUUUUGAAGCCUGUUUUGAGUGGGAAGGCGGAGAAGACUGGAGUGAAUGGGGUGGUGGCAGUGGUGAAGGAGAAUGGUGUAGAUGGAGUUGCGGAUAUGAGUGAUGUUGGAGAUGGCGAUGAUGGAGAAGGGGAGUGGAUGGGAUUGGAUUAA